CACUUGUGCCAGUUGACAGGUGGCGAACGUGGGCCAAGGGGGUCGGCGCUACCUGGCCAUUGUGGCGAUCAGUUAGCCGCCGUGUUUAUGGAGGCGCUGUGGAUAUAACUGAAAGACACAACCUGUAUCCCGCUCCCACACACGACACGCGUCGGGGUCUGGGCAAACAGCAUCCGGGAGAUAAGAGCGCGUGACGCAGCCACCGGAGCAUCAGGUUGCGGCGACGUGUCCGCCCCAUCAGUUCGCCCAGAGAUCUACGCCCAGAAUGUCCACGCUGGAGAACGAGGUGACCUUCCGCAAGCAGGCGGAGGUCAGCCAGAGUCUGGAGGCGCAGUUUCAGGACAGCAAUGCCUCCACGGAUUUUAUUUUAAUCACCGAUCAUCGCACCUCCAAGAGCAAGAGUCUCGAGCAGCUGGAGGCCACUAAGGAGUCGGAAGAUGGCUCAUCCUGUUGCUCUCGCUAUGCCCGGAACAUUUUCCGGAUGAAGACCCUUAAGCGGCGAUUGCCCUUCCUCACCUGGCUGCCGCAUUAUAAUUCCCGGGAUUGUAUCGGCGAUCUGAUAGCCGGAUUUACGGUGGGUCUCACCGUAAUACCCCAGGGAUUGGCCUACUCGGGCGUGGUCGGUCUACCACCGGAGUACGGUCUCUAUGGCUCCUUUAUGGGCUGCUUUGUCUAUGUCCUUUUGGGCACCUGCAAGGACAGCACCAUUGGCAGUACGGCAGUGGCCUCCCUGAUGACCUUUCAGUUUGCCCAAGGCUCCUGGCAAAGAUCCGUGCUCCUGACCUUUCUUACCGGCAUCAUUGAGAUUUUUAUGGCCAUCUUCAAGCUGGGCUGUUUGGUGGAAUUCGUAUCGGGUCCAGUGAGUGCAGGAUUUACCAGUGCCGUGGCUCUCAUAGUUUCCACCUCCCAAAUGAGAUCCAUGCUGGGUGUUAAAAGUGAUGGCGGAUCCUUUCUGGCCACCUGGAUCAGCAUGUUCCGGGAUAUCGAGAAUGUACGAGUGGCAGACACUGUUCUUGGUUUCGGAUGUGUCGUCCUGCUGCUAGCCAUGAAAAGUAUGGGAAAACUUGCCAUUGGCCCCAAGGAUGAGUCCCAGAGGAGUAGCUUCCAGCGUGUUUUCAACCAUGUCAUCAAGUUCUUCUCCACAUCGAGGAAUGCCUCUGUUGUGAUUGUAUUCACGCUGAUCACCAUGCAUUUGGAGGCUCAAGGAACGAAUCCUUUUCGACUCACAGGAAAAAUACCCAAAGGAAUGCCUACUCCUUCGCUGCCACCCUUUUUCAUUGAGGCCCAGCCGGGUAAUGAAACGGCUGGGAUACCACCUGUGCCGGGACAGAACUUCCUGGAAAUGGUACAGAGCAUGGGCUAUGGACUCCUGAUUGUGCCUCUGAUGGCUCUCCUGGAAACCAUGUCCGUUUGCAAGGCCUUUGCCAAGGGAAAGCAGAUCGAUAUCACCCAGGAAAUGAUUGCCUGUGGAGUGGGCAACAUUGCCACCUCAAUGUUCUCGGGAUAUCGAUGCAAUGGUGGACUGGCUCGUUCGGCAGUGAACAAUGCCAGUGGCUGUCGCACCAAUAUGUCCAAUCUAUAUAUUGGUGUCAUAGUGGUCCUUGCUCUGAACUUCCUUACCGAUUACUUUGCGUUUAUUCCCAAGGCGGUCCUGGCGGCUAUCAUCAUAUCGGCAGUGAUUUUCCAGGUUCAAUACCAAGUCGUUACACCCAUGUGGCGAAGCAAACGCUCCGAUCUAGUCCCUGGCAUCUUGGCCUUUAUCACCUGCUUGGUGCUACCCCUGGAAAUUGGCAUUAUGGUGGCCAUUGGCGUAAAUCUACUCUUCAUUCUUUACUAUGCAGCUCGACCUAAGGUCACCCUGGAACAAUUGGAAACCCAGCAAGGCAUUCGCUUUGUAAAGAUCACCCCUGAUCGGUGUCUGAUCUUUCCCUCUGUGGAGUUUGUACGUAAUAUGGUGCUCAAAUCGGGCAGUAAAACCACCCAGCCGGUGGUCAUCGAUUGCACCUAUAUCUAUGCAGCAGAUUUCACCGCUGCCAAGGUGAUUGCCUCCAUGGUGGAAGACUUUCGGCGUCGCCACCAAAAGAUCAUCUUCUUCAAUCUUAAGCCAAGUGUGGUCAGUGUCUUUGAGGGUCUGAACACAAAGCUGGUGCUGUGCUACAACACUCAUGCCCUGGAUCAGGAGCUUCGACCUGAUGAGCCUGAUCUUUCGAGAUCCGUGGACUCCUUGGAUCACGCAGAGUCUGGUAAUGGCACUAGUGAGUGCGUCAGCAUGGCCAGUACAUUGUCUCUGGCCAGAAGUUAGUCAGUUAAGUUAGUUUAGUUAUCUACAUGUAUAUUAAUUAUUAUAAAUAAAAACAUAGAAAUGAAA